GGGGCCCGAAACCUGACAAAAGCAAGGCCGGGUGCAGUUGCUCCGCCUCCUGGCCUCAGGUCCCAUCACAUUCCCUCCCUCCCUUCUCGACGCCGCCAAAACAAGCCAUCUCGUCUCUUCACUCUUCUUCUGCAGUCCUGCUGCCGGUGCUCGCCCUCGCCCUCGACCGUCACGGAGAAAACGAAGAGACCCCUAGAUGGGGUCUGCGGCGGAGGUGCCUGUUGUGAUCAGUUCCGACGAGGACGGCGCGCAGACGCCCGCCGCUGGCAAGCGCCAGUCACCGGAAGACGCCGCCCUUGCGUGGGCGGAGGGAAUACUGGCCCAAGACGACUACGACGACAACGCGGUUUGUGAGGGAGUGGGUUAUCCAGCGAUGAUGCUGGAGCUGUUGGAUUCCCUGAAGGAUGAAACAGGGACUGUUGUGGGUGACAAGGAGGUUGCGGUUGGUGCCAAGAACACGAACACCAUGCCUGAUGCUCGUUGCGACGAUGAUGGCGAUGAUUGCGUCAUUCUUGACGGUGACCCUGAUAAGCCGGUUGCCGUUGCAAAGGAGGAGGGGGGACCGCCACGAGAUGCCCCUGAGGAUGAACUGCAGAUAGUUGCGGAGAAAGGAGAGUUAGCAUGCAGAGAUUUCCCUCAUCCACGACAUCUAUGCGCUGCCUUGCCAUUCAGCAGCAGUUCUCAUGCAAGUCAUUGUAGCAUGUGCCAUUGUUAUGUCUGUGAUUGUCCUGCUCCCUGUGCCCUAUGGGACAAGCAUUGUCAUGCUACGGACAAGGAUAGAAAGUGGAAGAGACUUAGGGAAAUAUCCAAAAAUAAAAGCCAGCCAAAUCCUAAACGAAGAAUACCCCAGCAUUUCAAACGCUCAGUCACGACAGGACCAUCAUCCUCACAGUAUUCCGCAAAUAUGACUGGUUUUACUGGAAGAUUUCCUGCUUCGGGUACUGCGAACCAAAUUCAACAGGUGGAUAUCUCUGUUAUGGUUGCACAGGAUAUGGUGAGGGGUAUCAGUCUGCCGAGUGCACCAUCUCCUACGCCAAGAACUAAAAAUCGGAGCUAUGGAUCCAAAGGUGCCCAGAUUGCUCCUCCAAUUUAUACAUUCUCAAAUGAUAAUCAUUUCCAGCCUUCUGUUCCUAGCUAUGGUCUGGUGCGGCCUCAUGCAUCUAAAACUGCACAUGUUUCAUCAGGAGGUCAUGUUAGCGCUAAGACUUUUCAGAGUAACCCAUCUCAGUUUUGUGUUCGUGCACCAAUGGGAUCUCAUGGACACAGGUACCGACCACCAUCAUAUCCUCAGCCUCCUCCUAACACAGUUGUUGGCACUGGUGUGCCCCUCUCACGGUGCGCCUCGCUGAACGCUGAGGCUCAGGGAACACAACGCCCACAAGUUCCGCCGGCAGGUACAAUAUCGAAGGAAUCACUUGCAAAUUUGGCACGUCGGCUGGGAUUACCUUAUUACAAUACUAAUCAGCCAUUAGGUCAGCAGUCAACGAGCACAUCUCAAUUUCUGCAUAUGCAUCCUCACGAGAUGCUACCUGCUCAAGGUGCUCAAAACACGACCUGGCAAGCUUACGUUAAGAAAAGUGUGGCAACAACUUCACAAAUCGUGCCUUCUAGUGAACAUAAUUCGUCAAUUCAUGCACCUGGGAGCACUGUUCUUCCAUCUGGUUCAGUUCAGAUCCAGCAGCCUUUGCGCCAAUUCAAAUCGGGCACUGUUCUAUCAUCUGGUGCAGCCCAGAUCCACCAGCAGCCUCUGCGCCAACUCGAUUCUCAGAGCAGUGUUACUCCGAGUGAAACCGUUCCAAGUACUCUCUACCUUCCGCAGCCAUGAAGUUUCAUCGGAAGUGUUCUCAUCCUAGACUAUUGUUCCUUUCUUUAGUGUACUUGUAGUUUUUUUAUAUCAUAGAUAAUCAUUGACAGAUAUCUUGCUAUCCUAACCUUUCUGCUGUAAUGGUUUAAAGCUGAGAAUUAAUGGUCAAAUCUUGCGGUGGUCGGGUGGUAACACUGAUUUGCAACAUACUAUAGCUGGUGAGGUUUCAGCACCUUGUCCAAUGGUAAAACAGGUGCUCGUUUUAUACGAGUGAGGUUAGACGACGAGAGUUAAUAAUGAUGUGACAUUGAUUUCUUUACCAUGAGUUAUUAUGUGUUA